AUGUACUUCAAGAGAUGGUGGGAAAAUUAAAAUGACACAGUUAAGAGUUAAUUUAAAUAAUUAGUCAUUGAAGGUAGAUGGGAAUUUGUUAAUGGUGGAUGGGUUGCAAGUGAUGAAGCUUGUCCUAGUAUUAGAGUACCUAAAUUUGCUUGGCAUGUUGAUGCAUUUGGACAUUCUUCAGGCACAGCCUAAAUGUUCAUCAAUCUUGGAUAUAAAGGACUUUUUUUUGGAAGAAUGUCUGAUGAGACAAGAGAGUAUUUAUCUAAAAAUGGUGGAUUAGAAUUCAAUUGGAAUCCAAAAUUUGAAACCUUAAUUGAUGAAGAAAAAGUACUUAACCCUAAAUUUCUAUAGGAUUCUUAGAAUUUACAAUCGAAACUGUUUACUCACCUAUUGUUCAAUCAGUACAAGUCUCCAGUUAAAGAAGCUCUAGUUUCUCCAGAUAAUCCCUAUCAAGAUGUUUACUUCUUUUACGAUAUGCAACUUCGUAAUAUCUACGCAAACCCUUAAAAUGUAAUAGAUGAAUUACUAAAUGCAACCAAAUCAUACUCAACAAAUAAUUUACUGUGGGCUUAUGGUGACGAUUUUGCUUUCUAAUAAGCAAAAGAUUCUUUUUAAUUCAUUGACUAAGUCAUUUCGAUAAUUCAAAAUAAGACUGAUAAAGUGAUAUUCAAAUUUUCUACUCUUUAAGAAUACUAUGAAGCAGUCUAAAAUGAGCUAAAAUAAUAAAAUAAAGAGCUAUUUACUUACGAGAAUGAUUUUAUGCCUCUGUAAGAGUAUGAAAGAAAUGGAUAUUGGUCUGGGUAUUACACUAGUAGACCUAAUCUUAAGUAAUAUAUAAACUAUAUGGCAAGUUCAGCUGAAUCUACCUCAAAUAUAUUUGCUGUUCAACACUUAUCCAGCUAUAAUUAUACAAGUAUUGAUUAGUUAAUAAAUCUCACAGCAAGUCUCAUUCAAACUGCAAGCUAACUCUAUCACCAUGAUGCUAUAACGGGUACAUCUUAGAAAAGGAUAGUUGAGGAUUACUUAUGCGAGCUAAAAUCUAAUGAAAAAUUGCAAUGCCCUAACCAGGAUUAAUUUAAUGAAAGUGAUCAAUUGAUAACUUUCGUUGCCUUCAAUCCUUCCCUUAAUCCUAUUCCACAUAUUUAAUUAACUCUUCCAUCAGCAAACUACUCAGCAUCUUACUGGAACAUUGAAAAAUAGGCAUUUGAAUUAAUUUUCGACUAAGAAAAUCUCUGUUAAGCAAAAUAACUUUGGCUAAUUGAAUGUGAUUUAUACGUACAUCAUUAUGUUCAACCAUUCCAAAUGGUCAUAUUCUAAAUUAAUAAGACAAGCAUAGCAAAUUAGAUAGAGGUAUCCGCUAAAAAGAUGCCAGUUUAUACUAUCAAGAACUAGAAAUUAUCAAUAUCGGUAGAUUCUAGUCCAGAAGCUACUGAUUACAAUCAUUAAAUAACUCAAAUACUUGCAUUUUAAGGAAAGUAAGUAUCCUAGAUAGUCGUACACUUUGAAGAUAAGAUCUAAUAGGAAUCAAUUCUCAAAAUCAUACUUCACGAUAACUCAGAUUAAAUUGAGUUCGAUCUUGAUUUUGCUGGUAUUCCAGAAAGUUCCCAGGGGCUAGAAGUAGUGGCCACUUGGUAAGCAGUUGACUUUGAUAGCAAUGAUAUAUUUUACACUGAUUCAAAUGGACUUGGAAUGAUCAAGAAGACUGUAUAUAGGGGAAAGAUAGUUCAGGAUUAUCCAAAUCUCAUGCCAUCUGCAAACUAUUACCCAAUUACAUCAGGAAUAAUGGUAUAGGAUGAAGUUUAAGGAAUUUAAAUGAGUGUGAUGAAUGACAGACCACAGGGUGGCUCAGCUUAUAUUAAUGGAAGAAUAGAAUUAAUGAUUCUCAGAAGACUAUAUUCUGAUGAUGACCUAGGAAUGGCAGAAAAUCUUAAUGAACACGAUUAAAAAACAGGAUUAGGCAUUAUGGUUCACACAAGACACUUCCUUAAAUUUUCAAGAUGUUUUAAUGAAGCUGUUCAGGCUAUCCAUGAAAGACAUUCAAUACUAUCAAAUCCCUUAACUACUGCUUAUACAAACCAAGCAAUAGUAUCAAACAAGAAUAUGACUUUCAGCUAUAAUAAGUUCAAUGAAUAAAUUAAUAAAAUCGAAAAAUUUAAGAGUUAAUACUUAGUGUAUGAUUUCUCAAUGCAAUAACAAAAAUCCGAUUUGAUCUAUGUUAGAAUAAUAUCGGAGCAAAUAAACAGUGAUGGUGUUAAUGACCCAUAGAAUCCUUUAGUAAAUCAACACAAAGAUGGAGCACUCUAUGUCCAAGGCUAUAACGUAAAAAUUAAGAAACUUUCUCAAUUUGAAUAGCUAAAAUCUAAUUAAUGA